UCGGCAUUCUCACAAAAGUCACUGUAUCAGUGUUUUGCCUUUUCACAAGCCUUUUUUCAAACAGGUAAGAAUUGUACUUUGGUUUUAUUGGAGUUCCUUUUGCCUGCUCAAAGACACAAGGGGAACAAGGUUUGUAUUUAAUGUGACUUUCAAUAAUUCAGAAAAUGCAAGAGCAUGAGCCUGGUUCUCUGAGAGGCUUACAUUUCAGCCCAAACAGAUUUGCGAGAUAAGUCACACCAAAAUGAGCUUUUUAUCCUUCAGUGAGAAGCAUUAUCAAAAUCAGCAUUUCACACUCAGAGAUUCUUCAUUUUUAAUGCUACGUGUAAAUAUUAAUCAGGAAAUCAGAUUCUUAACUGGUUUGUGAUCUUCCAAACACACUUAGUGUAGAUAAAUCCUCAUCAGAACAGCUUUGAAGAAGCUCCAAACACUUUUCAUGCUUAUAUUUUCAUUUAAUUGUAUCUUCAGUAAGGGUGCAUGUCUAAUAUAAGCUUGAUAAAACUGUGAAGCUUUAGAAAAUAUAGCUAACAUCAUCAAAACUAAUAUUUUAGCUUUUACAAUCAAUGCAUUUAGAUCAAAGCAGUAAACACACAACAAAGACACUAACAAGUCACUAUCUACCGUGUUCCAAGUCAAACUUGUUUUCUCCCCCUUUCUUCUCACCCCUCGUGUUGUCUCCACAGCGCAGGGUGGCUGGAGUUGCUGAGUCAAUCUCAGAUCCCUCACUCAGGCCGGGACAUAGCUUGACAGAUAGACAGGACCAGGCGGUGAGCCAGGGUCAAUAUAAUUGUCUUAAGCUGUCCAACAAAGACCACCAAGAGAACAGCACCGGUACAUUCUGUGGGCGUAUGUGGGAUGGCUUUUUGUGCUGGGACGAGACACCAGCUGGGACAUCGGUAACACAAAACUGUCCAGAUCACCUUGACCUGGACCCGACUGAAAAAGUGACCAAAUAUUGUGCUGAAUUUGGAAACUGGGUCGAGACUGCAUCCAAUUGUCAACCAGUUUCAAAGACCAAAUUAGAGAGGGAAGUUCCCCAUUUUGUAAGGGAUGCACCUGGAGAGCCAGCCACAGAGUUCACAGGGGUUAAUGCAGAAAAAGGCAGUGUUGUGGAAAAAAUGAUUCUUGAAAACGAAAAGAAAUGCUCUGAGAAAAUGAAGCAAGAUCCGCCUUAUAACAAAUCAGGCCUGCACUGCAGUCGAAACUGGGAUGGCUGGCUGUGCUGGGAAGACACCCCAGCAGGAACCUAUGCUUCCCAAAACUGCCCCAAUUAUUUUGGUGACUUUGACCCGACAGAAAAGGUAACAAAGUUCUGUGCAGAGGACGGUCGGUGGUUUCACCAUCCAGAGUCCAGUAUGAUUUGGACCAACUAUACUCUGUGUACAACCAACCACGAGAAGAGACUGAAGAAACUGAAGAUGCUUGAGAAUGAAUACAAAUGCCUCCUGAAAAUCAAUCGAGACCCGCCUUAUAACAAGUCAGGGCUGCACUGCAGUCGUAACUGGGAUGGCUGGCUGUGUUGGGACGACACUCCAGCGGGAACCUACGCCUCGCAGAACUGCCCCGAUUAUCUGUUUGACUUUGACCACACAGAAAAGGCAACUAAGUACUGUGGAGAAGACAGCCAGUGGUUUCACCAUCCAGAGAGCAACAAGACUUGGACAAAUUAUACACUCUGUGCUGUCAACACUAAGGAGCGGCUGAAGGCAGCCGCCCAGCUCUCGGGGGAAACUGGAAUACUGACUGCUGAAGAGGCCACAGUCGGCCCCAUGGUUAACCCAGAGGAACAGGAAGCUGUAAGAAAGAAGAUCCUCGACAGCCAGUACAACUGCUUCGAGAAGAUGAAUCGAGAUGUACCUUACAACAAAUCAGGGCAGCACUGCAGUCGUAACUGGGAUGGGUGGCUUUGCUGGGAAGACACUCCCACAGGAACAUACACAUCGCAAAACUGCCCCAAUUAUUUUGUCGACUUUGACCCCACAGAAAAGGCUACUAAAUACUGUGGGGAGGACGGGCAGUGGUUCCGCCACCCGGAUACCAACAGGACUUGGUCCAACUACACACUCUGCAACGAAAACACCAACGCAAAGUUGAAGUCAGCGUACAUCCUGUUCUACAUGGCAAUUGUGGGUCACGCUCUCUCCAUAGCCUCCCUGCUCAUCUCUCUGGCCAUCUUCUUCUACUUCAGGAGUCUGAGCUGCCAAAGGAUCACCCUGCACAAGAACCUAUUCUGCUCUUAUGUGCUCAAUUCGGCCCUCACCAUCAUUUCCCUCGUAGCAGUGGUCAACAAUCCUGAAGUUGUUGCCAGAAACCCGGUUGGCUGUAAGGUGUUGCACUUCUUCCACAUGUACAUGCUGGGCUGCAAUUAUUUCUGGAUGCUGUGUGAAGGCAUCUACCUGCACACACUCAUCGUGGUGGCUGUGUUUGCAGAGGAGCAGCAUCUGCACUGGUACUACCUCCUCGGCUGGGGCUUUCCUCUAGUGCCUGCAUCCAUCCACGCCGUGGCAAGGAAAAAGUAUUUUGAUGACAACUGUUGGAUGAGUGUGGAAACCCAUCUGCUCUACGCCGUCCAUGGUCCGAUAGUGGCAGCGCUUCUUGUGAAUCUCUUCUUCUUACUAAAUAUUAUAAGAGUCCUGGUGACCAAGUUGAGAGACACACACCGGGCCGAGUCCAACAUGUACAUGAAGGCAGUGAGAGCCACCCUGAUCCUGGUGCCCCUGCUCGGAAUACAGUUUGUCAUUUUCCCCUGGAGGCCAGAGAACCGCCUAGCUGGGGAGGUCUAUGAGUAUAUCAUGCACAUUCUCAUGCACUACCAGGGAUUACUGGUGGCAACGAUAUUCUGCUUCUUCAAUGGAGAGGUGCAGGCAGCUCUGAAGAGGCAGUGGAUGCAGUAUAAAACCCAGUGGGGUCAGAGACGAAAGGACCACUGCUCAAUGCGCUCCACGUCCUACACAGCCACCUCCAUCACCGAGGUGCCUGCCUUCAUGUACCACCACGACUCUAACAGCGAACACUUGAACGGACGCCACACCGAGGACUCUGAACUGGUGGCGCUCAAAUCAGGAGAGACGUACGCUUGAGCCACGCAGGAGGACAAAGAGCGAAGAAGUGGGAACAACCGAAGAAGAGCAACCGAGCAACAGAGAUGUAUAGUAAGAAAGGAAAACCUGGCGUUUGCCCGCCAUUUCUCAGUGAUUAAAUCUCACAGGCUGAUGCUGGUUUGUUCAGCCCACGACUUUGAUAUGGAAUCGGAAAUAAACAGCUUAUUUGGAGGGAGAUGGAUAAGCUACAGUGCUGACACUUCAUUUUACAUUACUGCUGCGGCUGCUUUCAGAGAACUUUGAUGUCAAGAACUUGUGGCAUGAGAGCUGCUGCUGUCUUGUGUCACUUCCUAAAGCUGCUAAAACUGUGACGGAAACUGGUGCUGGUGUGCGAGACAGAAAUAACUGUGACUGUGAUGAAGGAGAGGAAGUCUUCUGUUUGAGCGUCGAAUGUGAAAGUGGUUGAGCUGAACAGCAUUUUUUGAUGGUGUCAUGAAGAGUUUUAAGGUUAAGUAGUAUCCUUCCUAACCUCACAUAUACCAAAGGGUACUGUAUGUUGGUCACAGCUAUGAAGGGGCGUACCAUCUCCAGCUGAGCAAAAAUGGUGGUACUCUAAAGCUAAAGACACACACACACACACACACACACACACACACACACACACACCAACAAACGUCACAAACCUGAUCGUAUGUGCCAUGAUGGAGGUGAAAUUUCAAAAAACCCUCCGUGCUUAAAGCUCUGGAAUUGUGUACAUAAUGUAUGUUCACCAUGUUUCACUUGAAAGAAAAAGUGUUCAUUUUAGUUUUCUAUUAAUAUUUUAUUCUUGCCAAUUCCUGCGUACGUGCUAAGUGUGUGUCCUGUGAUGCUGCACUCCAAACUGCUUUGUUGUUUUUGCAGUUGCUGUAUUUGUGCCGAUGCCGAACAUCACAGGGCGGGGCAAAAAUACGUUUUAAUGCACAAAAAAGUCUAUGAAUAAAAUAACUUUGUUUUGAGGUCGAACAGCAACAAGAGUUGUUUCACUGCGUUUGAGUGCCAUGAAUUAUUCUGAUUGCAGUGUUGAAGCUACACUGUCGUAUUUUACUUACAAACAUCCUUUGUCACGCUCACGAUGCCUUUAAUCAAUCUCCUGUUUUUGUUUUUAAAAAGUUAUAUCUGCAUAAUUUAUUCAUGAACUUUGUAGCAUUUUGUAUGACUGAGGUCCCGGGGCAAAGGAAAGGUUCACUAAAGUUGAAAGGAUGACAAAAUCACAUCCAUACUGUAUGAACAGUCAACAAAUUCACAUCUUAAAGGCAUGUUCACAAUAUUGGAAACAUGAAUAAUGUACUCGUUGUCCUCAAUAUGAUCAUAUUAAUAUUCUCAAUUUAGUGUUGCUUUGUCAUAACUGUGCCACAGACAUUUGGAGAAUGGAAAUUGAGAGUCUGUGUCGAAUUCAAUAUAAACACUAAGUUUGCUUUAUAAGUGUUCACCAAUUUGUAACUUGGAUAGCUGCAGUGUCUUGAAUGUAUUGAUAGCAGUUAUUGAAUAGAUCAUUGAGCUUCUAAACUGAAUAUUUGGAUAAACGGGAAGAAACAUCCUACACUGAAAAAACUGAAAUGUUGACAUAAUUAAAUGUAUUAUGUCAACAAAUUCCACAAAACUGUAUUAUUGAAACCAAUCAUAUUAAUUACAUUGCUUUACACUAACUAGUAAUUGUUAAAAACAAAGAAAAUGAGCAGCUUUUAUGGAUAUUGAAAGUAAUUAUCUGUAUUUCUCAAGAAAUCUUACAGCGUCCAUUCAUUCUCAAUAAACACUUAAAUCUUUGAAACCGUAACAGAAAUGUAAAGUAAAGUUUGAAACAGAUGGGCGGUGUCAUUUCUUGCUAAUGCUACUCAUACAGAUGUAAAUAUUGCAUUUGUCCAGGACUAUUCUCCCGUGCGUUAAAACACUGUUGGUGCUGUAGUCAGUUUCGACAGCAGCACGACAUGAAAUGAUUGACUCAAAAUGAACUGCAGUGGCCAGGCUGGUAGAGAUACAGUAGCAUGUCACCAAAUGGACCAGUGUGGCUGAUUGAUGUCAUUUGAAUUAUUUUGGGGGAAACAAUAGAGCUCUAAAGCCCAGAGGAAGAAGCUGUAUCACGCCUUGCAGGGACAGCGAGACUCCAUUAUUGAUUUUUGCCUUCUCAUGGGAUUUGAAGACACACAAAAUCCCUCAAAUAUAAAUAUAAACACCUUAGGACAGUUCUUUGAAAUGACAUGUUUGGUUCGAUGUUAAAUUGAUGCUUUUAUGGGUCAUUAUCUGUUUGAUGUCUGUUCACUAUGUGAUGGAGUUUAGUCAUGCUCAGUGGCAACUGGAAUAACAACAUCUGUGUGAGACGUGAGAAAUACGAAGGUUUAAGGAAGUAAAGUUUCAAAUGUAAUUUACCAUGGACCUGUAAUGUGAAGCUGUAACACAUUUGCACAUUUAGUCACAGAGUAAAGCUCUGAAGUUACAGAAUGUAAGUAAAGGCACCUUGUAAUAAUUGGCUUGAAAUUACUAUUAAGCAGAGAGGGGGAGAAGUACUCACAAAUAUUGUACUUCAGGAAAAGUAGAAGUACCAGAGUGUAAGAAUACUCUGGUACAGUCCCUGCAGUCAAAAUGUUUCUCAAGUGAGGAAAAUGAGCAUCAAAAUAUGCUAAGUACCAACAGUAAAAGUACUCUUUAUGCAGAUUGGUUCCUUUCUGAAUAAUAUUUAUGAUAUGUUUUGAAUAUAAUCAUUGACACAUUAUACGUAUUGUAUACUGCAGGGUAGCUGUUGAAUUUAAUCCAGGUGUAACUAAAGAGUUGAUUAUCUUUCACAUCGUUCAACACAAUCUGCAAAGUAACUAAAGGUAUUAAAUAAAGGUAGUGGAGUAAAAGUACAAAGUAGCAAAGCAUGGUAAUAUUCAAGUAAAGUGCAAGUACCUCAAAUAUUAAGUACAGUCCUUGAGUAAAUCUACUGCGUUACUUCCCACCUCUGCUAUUAAGAGAGAAUAAAAGACAGUAAUUGACAAUACAGAAAAUCACCUUCUAAUAUACAAUAUCUGCAGGUUAAUUUAUGAAGAAAUGUGAACCCUCACCACUGCAACCUUACAUUAGUGUGAUUUCAAUUAAUGAAGCUCUAAACUUCUGUAGCUGUGAAGGAGAAUUUUAGCCAAAAGAUUCACAGUGAGUCUUAUUAUGUAGCGUCACUUAAGAAAACCCCCCCUAUUCCCUCCUGAAUAAGACAUUUGGACCUAUUGUACAAUGUUUUAAUGACUGUUGAGGUACAGAACGAACAGAGAGACAAUCAAUCCUCAUCAUGGAGAGUAGGUUUCACUGCUAAUUUUACAGAAUUGUAUUUAUUUUACUAUGAAAUUCAUCUUUCUCUUUCUCUUUAUAACGGUGAUUUGUCACACUGUAAGACACGCUAUUAAUCUCCUGUGUUUUGGAAACACAGAUUGUGUAUAUUUUGUAUGUUCAUACUCGUGUAAAUACAAGCAGGCACUGUGUAUAUGAUAGAUUUCUUUACACUGUGAAAUACUCUGACAGCUAUUUUUGUUAUGUUCCUGUCAUUCAUUUUGGCUUGUGUUUGUCUUUCUAUCCCCUCAGCUCCGAGUGGCAUCAUCUCAAAGCUGAUAUUUAAAAAAAUAAUAAUUUUGUAAAAGCCAAAUUGAUUGAUGUUUUAUUUUUUUUGUAACUAUUUAGCAAAAGAAUACAGAGAUAAAAUACUA